GCCCGUCCGGCGGCCGCCGAGGGUCUCUCCGGUUCCGGGCUCCAGGCUUUCCAGGCGGCUGGCGAGGAGGAUUCGGGAGGGGGUGCUCCCCGGCCCCGGACUCCGGUUGAGAGGCGGGAAGCUUUUUGCACUCCACCACCUCUGGCCGCUGGGAAGACGUCAUCGCUUCCGCCCUACUUCCUCCUCCUGUUGGCGGCGGUGAGAAUCCAAUAUGGAGUAAAUCGGCGGAGUCGAGAGAUGGGGCUCGGACCGGGCGCCCUGCACCGCCUUCCAGGCGCACCUCCCCCGACCGCCGAGCGCUCCCCGGAACCGUGAUUAGCCCGGUUCUCCGGGGGCAACCCCGGACCAAGCCCCCACCCGCGGCCGGCCCUCUCCUCCUGCUCUCAGCGGUCCCCGCCGCUCCACGGCGCGCUUGUUUUUCUUCUCCUCUCCCCCAUCGCUGUCCCCUUCCCAAAUCUCUCCUCUCCGCCCGCCCGCGAGCCCCCGGAGCCCCCGCCCGCCUCGCCCCUCGGCGCUGCGGCGCUCACUCUCCCCCGAAGCUUGCCUGUGCACCCCUUCCCCCAGACCUCACCCCGCGCUCCGGUCGCCCUGCUUCCCCUUCUGCCUUCUGCGGCGUCCCCUUCAUCUCUAGCAGCUCCCCCCAACCAAAUCAGGCGAUCUCCGGAGAUGUGAAGAAGGGGGGUGAGCAGACAGGAAGAUGAAGGGAGCAAAGCUGCCCGCCGCGGGACAGGCGUCUAGGUGAACAGGAAAAUGACCGAAGAAACACACCCGGACGAUGACAGCUAUAUUGUGCGCGUCAAGGCUGUGGUUAUGACCAGAGAUGACUCCAGCGGGGGAUGGUUCCCACAGGAAGGAGGCGGGAUCAGUCGCGUGGGGGUCUGUAAGGUCAUGCACCCCGAAGGCAAUGGACGAAGCGGCUUUCUCAUCCAUGGUGAACGACAGAAAGACAAACUGGUGGUAUUGGAAUGCUAUGUGAGAAAGGACUUGGUCUACAUCAAAGCCAACCCAACCUUUCAUCACUGGAAGGUCGACAAUAGGAAGUUUGGACUUACUUUCCAAAGCCCUGCUGAUGCUCGAGCCUUUGACAGGGGAGUGAGGAAAGCAAUCGAAGACCUUAUAGAAGGCUCAACGACAUCUUCUUCCACCAUCCAUAAUGAGGCUGAGCUUGGUGAUGAUGACGUUUUUACAACAGCUACGGACAGUUCUUCUAAUUCGUCUCAGAAGAGGGAGCAACCUCCUCGCACAGUCUCCUCCCCCACGUCCUGUGAGCACCGGAGGAUUUACACCCUGGGCCACCUCCACGACCCAUACCCCACGGACCACUAUCACCUCGAACAGCCGAUGCCAAGGCCCUACCGCCAGGUGAGCUUCCCGGACGACGACGAGGAGAUCGUGCGCAUCAACCCCCGGGAGAAGAUCUGGAUGACGGGCUACGAGGAUUACCGGCACGCGCCGGUGAGGGGCAAAUACCUGGACCCCUCGGAGGACGCGGACUCCUACGUGCGCUUCGCCAAGGGCGAGGUCCCCAAACACGACUACAACUACCCCUACGUGGACUCCUCGGACUUUGGCCUCGGCGAGGACCCUAAAGGGCGCGGAGGCAGCGUGAUCAAGACCCAGCCCUCCCGGGGCAAGUCCCGGCGGCGAAAGGAGGACGGGGAGCGCUCUCGGUGCGAGUACUGCCGCGACAUGUUCAACCACGAGGAGAACCGGAGGGGCCACUGUCAGGACGCGCCCGACUCCGUGAGAACUUGCAUCCGCCGCGUGAGCUGUAUGUGGUGUGCGGACAGCAUGCUCUAUCACUGUAUGUCGGACCCCGAGGGGGACUACACAGACCCGUGCUCGUGCGAUACUAGCGACGAGAAGUUUUGCCUCCGGUGGAUGGCUCUUAUUGCCUUGUCUUUCUUGGCCCCCUGUAUGUGCUGUUACCUGCCCCUGCGGGCCUGCUACCACUGCGGAGUGAUGUGCAGGUGCUGCGGCGGGAAGCACAAAGCAGCUGUGUGACUCGGUUUCCCUCCCCACCGCCCUCCAUCCACAGCCCCAGGGGGACUUGUCUUCUCCAUCCUCUCAUCUCUGCCCGCUCCCGGGUGUACCCAAGGCGCCGUUCCAGCCUGGGGAACCUGCCUGGUGAACUCUGCAACCCCUGCAUCAGUCUCACCCACGCGCGCGCACACACAGUGUUCUAAGGCAAGGAACCGCCGCCUAGACGCUCAUGUAUUAUUAACAAUCUGUAAUCAAGCUAACUGUCUCGUCAUACAGGUGUUGAUUUCAUGUCCUUCCUGCCCACCUCUUCCAGUUCCAAGGCGCCUUCAGUGGGAACUGCUGAUUUUUUGGUGGGUUUUGUCGUUGGUUUUUCCAGGAGCUCCGAAGACCAUCUUUCUCUUGGUUGAGCUUGCCUGUGGCUAACGAGCUUGCUUCCUCAGGUUCCUGUGGAAAUGCAACGUCAGAAUGAUGAAACCCUGCCAGACGUAUUUUCACCUGCAGUCAGUUAUUAUGUAUAUAGGAGGUGAGCUAGUUAACAAACUUCUACCACAAAACGAGAUCGCUUUAACUUUUCUAAAGCCAAACUUCCCAUGUAAGCUGCAGUUUCUAUCUUGAGCCCAUCAUCAUCUUCUGUCUCCACACCCCUCCCCCCAAAAAAGUCGGUCAGUUACUCACUGAUGCAAAACAUUCUCUCGUAAAAUGACUGAGAACUGAGCCUUAACUUCAGAUUAACUUGCGAGAAUCAGGAAAAUUCUUUAAACUGCAUCGCAUCCUCUCAGACCAGGGCUAGAAAGGGGAUUCCAGGUUUCUCCGAGCCUCCCUGGUUACCCCUAAAGGAGAACUUUUUAAAAUUGUGUCACCACCACUUGUAAAAAUUUAGCAAUAUCAGAAGAAACCGCUAAUGAAGUAAGAAAUUUUGCUCAUUGUUUUGCAAACCAAAUAGUCUCUUCAAACCAAACCAGUGUUCUCCCGAACACGGUCCAGUUGAGAAACGCUAAAGGUUGUAAAUAAAACUUACGGGAGCUUUUUUCCCCCCCAGUGGCUAUUUUCUAUUAACUGGGGGAAAUUUUAAAUGUCAUCAAUUUGAAGAGUGGUGGGUUGCAUUUUGUUCAUGGGUUUGUGUUUUUGUUUUCAUUUUGGACUCAAUUUCACGUCACCAAAUUCUUCGUUUACACUUGGGAAAAAACAAGGCCAUAUGUAAAAACCCUUCCGAUGCCUAAGUGUCUUUCUCCUGCAAACCCAAACUUGCCACUUUGGGUGCACGGAUGGUUAGGUCAGCAGGCUGGGUCCACCUGUCGCCUUGCCACGUAGGAGGCUUCUAAUUAGCUGGAAAAGAGUAUUUUUCUAAUAUAUUGCAAGGAAUAGCCAAAUGUUACUGCAGAAAGAAGAAAAGUGAAGAAUGGUUACCUGUACCUAGCAUAGUACAAUCAGAACGCCGUGGAGACCAUAGGGGACAGGCUUGUCAGUGCUGGCUCUUCUUCCCGCCAUGAUCUUCCUGUGAUUAUUGCCAGCUGAGCACACGGCCUCAUUCCUCUCUCCCCACUCCCCCCAUCCCUUCUCAGUUGCACACAGGACAUCAGUCUCCAAGGAAAGGGACUUUUUUUUCUAGUCUGCCAAUCAUAUUGAGAUCAAGUGCUAGCCACACUUACCUUCCUGGGAAUGUUUUCAGCUCACCUGAGAGCCCUUUGCAUUUCUUUAUCAGAUCAUCGAUGUAAAUACCCAGUGUGCUUAUGAGUUUGUUGGUAGACGUCUUCGUUUGUCGAAGUGACUGGUUUGGGUCUUCCAGUUUGGGAAAGGAGCAGAGAGCUGUUAAUCUGGCAAUGCAAGAAAAGAGCCACUUCCCAGCCUGGAGAACAUCUAGAAACCUUCAGCCAGCCUCCAAAUGCUGUCGAAAGACCAUCUUCUCCCCCGUCCUGAGGCAUUUUCUCAGGGUCUUUCUCAAGGUCUCCUCUCUACAAAGCACAACACUAAUGUAAGUUUUGUUAGACCUCAGUUCAAGCGUCCCUAUUUAUUUCAGUAAGAAUACACCUAUCCCAGCUGCUUUUGUUUGCCCUCUCUGUUUAGUCAUUAUCUGUUUCUAUCUUCCUUUCCCCCUUGUCCUUCUCCACCCCUUUGAAGAGUUAAUGCUAGUGAAUCUUGCUCCGCGUAUCCUUUUUGGUUUGUGAAGAAGGCACAAGGAAAGCCAUGGGGACAUUUAUGUAAAUACGUCUCUCUCUAAUUGCCACACUGCAGCCGAACAGUGUGUAGUAUUUUCCCAGUCAGCUUUGCCAUACUGAUGUCAACCAUCUAAGAGAAAUUAUUCAGAUUUUAUUUUUGUAUCUGUGGUAACAAAACAUUAACCAAAAGAUUUUCUGUUUGGAAGCUUUCCCCGAACCUCGCCCCCCCCGCCCCCCACCAAAACCACCAAGCUAUUUGUUCACAUUAACAAAUUAAAGUGCCUGAAGCAUAAUUCAUUCUUUACCUGUAUACUAAAAAACCCCGUUGUAUUGAUUUUUUUAUAAUAAGCCUUUUUACCUCUGUGUAAAAAAUAUAUAUACAAGUGUAUGAUGUACAUUUUAGUUCUUAACUUUUUUUUAUGGUUUCUAAUAUGUAUGACCAAUGUAGCCAUUGCUUUAAAAAUGUACCAUGUAAAUAUAAACACAUCCUAUCAG